GCUGCCCGUAAAAACACAAACGCAGAAAAGUCUCUCGGCAGUGGGUGAACGGAGCCGUUUCACAGCCGUCAUGUGAUCUGAUGGACACCGCGAGGCCUUAGACUGCGCCUGAAACACACACACACGCACACAAACACACACACAGACUGAGAAUGCUGGCUCUGCUGUGUUUGUGCUGGGUUUCUUUGCUCGGCGUCUCCGGAUUUGAUGUGCUGAGCUGUAAAAACUCGUCCGUCACAUUAAACGUGGUUCUGCUGGAGGACGAAAACUCGCCCUGGAGCCUGAAGUUCGUCAAGGAUGUGGUGGAAACGGCCGUGGAGGAUCAAAACAAGCAAAACCACGCUGAAGGACUGGACUUCCACAUUAAGGUUCUGUUCAGCGGCUUCAACACCACUCAUUACCGGCGCCGAGGCUGUGGCAGCAGUACAUGUGAAGCGGUGGAGAUCCUCAAAUCUCUGCAUAACAACAGUGAGCUGGGCUGCGUGAUGCUCGGGCCGUCCUGCACAUACGCCACCUUUCAGCUAGUAGAUCAGGAGGUGGGUCUGACUCUCACCAUCCCCAUCAUCUCGGCGGGCAGCUUCGGUCUGUCCUGCGACUAUAAGGAGACGCUCACCCGUCUGCUUCCUCCGGCUCGCAAAAUCGCAGAGUUCUUCUUCCAUUUCUGGCACAAGUCCGUCAAGAAUCUGAAGCCUGCGUGGAAAACAGCCUAUGUUUAUAAAAAAGACAACAACACAGAGGAAUGCUUCUGGUACAUCAAUGCUCUGGAGGCUCCGUCUGCUCUCUUCUCCUCCAACAUUUCCAGAGAGAUGCUGAGAAGCGAGACUGAGCUGGGGAAUGUGCUGAAGAAGAAAGACAGACACAGCAACAUUAUUGUCAUGUGUGGGACUCCAGACGAUAUUUACGCCAUUAAGAAAAACAACACGGUUCCUUCUCAGGUGGUCUUCAUCCUGAUCGACCUGUACAAUGAGGGUUACCGCACCAAUGAGUCCAGCCCUGCGCACAUGAGGAACGUGCUGGUGCUCACCAUGCACAGCUUCAGGAACUACUCCAGCAACAACGUCUGGAGGAACAACACUACGGCUCUGAAUGAUUAUGUGGUGGGUUAUCACGAUGCAGUGGUUCUGUUUGGAAAUACAAUGAGGAAAAACCUGCAGAGGAUAAAGCAGCAGCAGGCGCUCAGCGGCGACAUUGAUCCGCCCUUCAGAAACAUGAGCUUCUAUGGUAUUGGUGGAUAUUAUAAACUAGACAGCAGUGGAGAUCGAGAUCUCAAUCUGUCUGUGGUUUACACAACUGGCUCAUACAAGUAUCGGACGCUGUUUUCUUUCGACACGUCUCAGAACAGGACGGUGGUCAAAGACAGCAGUCCGGAUCUGCCCUGGGACCGAUCGCAGCUGCCCCGCGAUAAACACACCGGGAUGGAGAUUCAGGAAAUCAUGAUGAUUGUUCUGGGUCUCAGUGUGGUCUUGGCCACCGUCAUCGCCUUCAUCCUCUACAGGCAGAACCGGCGUGUUCGUUUCGAUCAGAAGAAAUGGUCUCACAUCAGCUCGUCUCUCAUCACACCGCUGGACGAUAAAGAGAGAAACUAUAUCAGUCUGACGAUCGAUGAAGAUAAGAAAGGCGACAACAGCUCCCUGAUACGCAAGGGUCGAUAUGAUAAAAAGCCAGUAAUCCUGAAGGAGCUGAGAAACACUGAUGGAAACUUCACUGAUGAUCAGCGCAUCGAGCUGAACGCGCUGCUGCGGAUCGAUUAUUAUAAUCUGACCAAGUUUUACGGGACAGUGAGGUUCGACUGCGGUGUGUUCGGGGUGUUCGAGUUCUGCGAGAGAGGAUCACUGAGGUACGUGCUGGAUGAUAAGAUCUCUUAUCCUGAUGCCAGUUUUAUGGAUCUGGAGUUCAGGAUCUCCGUCAUGUACGACAUCGCAAAGGGCAUGUCGUACCUGCACUCCAGUAACGUGGGUGUUCACGGCCGCCUCAAAUCCACCAACUGUGUGGUAGACAACCGUAUGGUGGUCAAGAUCACCGACUUCGGCUGCAACACCAUCCUGUCGCCGGGCAAAGACCUGUGGACGGCGCCGGAGCACAUGCGUGUCGAAGGUAUUUCCCAAAAAGGCGACGUCUACAGUUUUGCCAUCAUCUCACAGGAGAUCAUCCUGAGGAAGAGUCCAUUUCACACCAGCUGCUGCACCGACAUGGCAGAGAAACUCUACCUUGUUCAGUAUCCGCGGGGGCCGAAUGUCUUCAGGCCUGAUCUGAGUUUUGAGGGUGUUGGAGAGACUGAAGCAGAGCUGUUUGUGCUGAUCAAGAGCUGCUGGGAGGAGGAUCCAGAGAAGAGGCCAGACUUCAAGAGGAUUGAAGGAGCUCUGGGGAAGAUCUUCAGUAACCUCCACAACCAGGCCAACGCCAGCUACAUGGAUAACCUGAUCCGCCGGCUGCAGAUGUACUCCAGAAACCUGGAGCACCUGGUGGAGGAGAGAACCGCUCUGUACAAAGCGGAGCGAGACCGAGCCGACCAGCUCAACUUUAUGCUGCUGCCGGGGCCGGUGGUGCGCUCUCUAAAGGAGACGGGUCGGGUGGAGCCGGAGCUGUAUGAUGAGGUCACCAUCUACUUCAGCGAUAUCGUGGGCUUCACCACCAUCUGCCACCACAGCACGCCCAUGGAGGUGGUGGACAUGCUCAACGACAUCUACAAGAACUUCGACAGCAUCCUCGACCACCACGACGUCUACAAGGUGGAGACCAUUGGGGAUGCGUAUAUGGUGGCGUCCGGUCUGCCGAGGUGUAACGGGAACAGACACGCGGUGGACAUCUGUCUGAUGGCUCUGGACAUCCUGGAGUUCAUGGGGACGUUUCAGCUCAGACACCUGCCGGGAAUCCCACUGUGGAUCCGAAUCGGGAUACAUUCAGGUCCGUGUGCGGCUGGAGUGGUGGGAAAUAAGAUGCCGCGGUACUGUCUGUUUGGAGAUACGGUCAACACGGCAUCACGUAUGGAGUCUACAGGCCUGCCUCUGAGGAUUCAUGUGAGCGAGUCCACCAUCAAGAUCCUGCAGAGAACAGACUGUGAGUUUGAGUGUGAACGCCGAGGAGAAACUUUCCUGAAGGGUAAAGGGAAGGAAAUGACUUACUGGUUGACUGGAGUCACGGGGCAGAAAUACAGCCUGCCGACACCACCGACAGUAGAGAACUUCCAGCGUCUGCAGCAGGAUCUGGCCGAGCGGAUCGUCUCCACACUGAACAAACGAGGGAACGAGCGGCGGAAAACACUCUCCACACGCCAUCGCAGAACACACACACACAUACACACACACAGCGGUGACGGACAGCCCGAGUACCUGCACCUGACGGACCCUACCACAUACCUGUAGAACACACACACACACAGCCUGUAUGUAUCUGUAUCAGUACUCCUCCUCCUCUAGAUCUGAUCUGAUGUGUGUGUGUGUGAUCGUGUGUAUCGUCUCUACAUCUGUUUAUUGAGCUGAAUGAUGUACAGGAGCGCAGUACAGUAUGACUUCAUCUGAACAGACGAGAGCAGCUGCUGUAUUUACACCUUUAUUAAUCAAACCUGCUUAUUUAUACACUAAUAAAGUGAUUAUACAAAUGACAGAAGCUUUGAUUCA